AUGAAUAAGGGCAAUUUGUUCAAGGACGAGACGGAGAAAGCCAUCGUCCACUUCAUUGUGUACCUCAUAGGCAUUCUGCUCGUACUGUGCGUGUACUACAACUACAUAAUUCUGAAGUAUUAUUUUUACUCCCUGUUUUGGGCUUUUAUCGUGUCCAUCCCCUUGCACCAUGUGAAGGUGAAGCUGUCUGAGGUGUUGCGGAAGAAAUUUCUGCGGAAAAGGAGGAAGGCAAAGGGGGUGAUAUCGCAGAGGAGGGAGAGUGACGAUGUGGGCGCUGCAGAGUGCGCUGCACGGGAGGCCGUCCCCUUCGGCGAGACGCCGCAUUCACUGCAACCGCUUCAACAACGCGAUCAGUUGAAUCUGUGCACACCAGACAGCACACUGAGUACGUACGCACAGAGCAGCCAUGUGAAAGAAUUUGAUAAAACAAAAAGGAGGCCUGACUUCAUCACCCAAGGAAGCAUAUCGAAUAAAUACAAAAAAAAGCUACACAGAAUUGUAAAGAACGUGAAAAAGGAAUUAGACAUUUACCUGUACAUGUUCAUGCUCCUAAUUAAGCCCAUAUACAAAAGAGGAGAAAAGGGAGAAAAAAAGGAAAAUUUAACAAACGACUUGGAAAAUUAUGAACAAAGGAAUGCCAGUGAAAUAUAUUUCCUCGUCCUACACAGAUUGAUCCUAUUUUACAUUUUACGAGAAUUCUUUUUCAAAUACAAAGAGUUUUUACUAACCAUUGGGGCCUUUAUUUAUUUUUUUUUUUUCUCUUAUAAAAUUGUCAAGGCUAUAUGGAGUGCCUAUUUUUAUUCCUUGAGUAAAAAGUAUUACACCAAAUGGUGUCGCCAAUUUUCUUUCGAUUACGUGUACUUUUACAGGCACUACAUGAAUGACCUCCUUACUGUGCUCAUCAUUAUUUUCUCCAUUAUUAUUUUUUCCGCCAUCUCCAUUUUGUUUAUCGUUAAUAUAUAUGGCGAGUCGCUUUACAUUAUCAACUCGAUUAAUGCGUACCUGUCUUCCAACUUCCGCAAUGCCGCCAUCUUCAAGAAUUUUCGAAAAUUCUACCGCAAGCCUGGCAAAGGAGACAUCGAAGAUUUGUACGAGCUGGUGAACCUGAACAAGGUGCCCUUCCUGAGUAACAAAACUCUGACGUCCAUUUCUGGGCACCUCAAGAGAGCCUUCGACAUAUAUCAGCAUAUGUAUGCACACACCUUUUUAAAGAACGGGACGCGACAUAUAAGUGCUUGUUGUUUGCCGCUACUCCUGGGCAGACUUGCUCUCCUCGUGGCAGGGCCAGACUUGGGUAGCAUUCAGAGGCAUACGCUUCAUUUGUUAGAACAUAAAAAGGACAAGAAAUUUCCAUUACCGAAAAGUACUUAA